GCUGACUGAAUUUACAGAAGCUAUUUAAAAAAAAACAACAAACUUUUUUUCAAAGAUUUUGAUUCCAGUGGAAUCUGUGCUUUAGAUUUUUGUCUUGUGAAUUGUCACUCCCGAAGCGAUGCCUGUACAAGCUCCACAAUGGACGGAUUUCCUCUCCUGCCCCAUUUGCACUCAGACAUUUGACGAAACGAUCCGAAAGCCCAUCAGUCUGGGCUGCGGCCACACCGUCUGCAAGAUGUGCCUGAACAAGCUCCACCGCAAGGCGUGCCCCUUUGACCAGACCGCCAUCAACACCGACAUCGAGCUCCUCCCCGUGAACUCAGCCUUGCUGCAGCUAGUGGGUGCUCAGGUCCCUGAGCAGCAGCCCAUUACUUUGUGCAGUGGGGCAGAAGAUACAAAGCAUUACGAGGAAGCCAAGAAAUGUGUCGAAGAAUUAGCAUUGUACCUGAAACCACUCAGCAGUGCUAGAGGAGUAGGUCUAAACAGCACUACCCAGAGUGUCCUGAGUCGCCCAAUGCAGAGGAAACUGGUGACGCUAGUUCACUGUCAACUGGUGGAAGAAGAGGGACGAAUUCGGGCCAUGAGGGCAGCUCGCUCCUUGGGCGAGAGGACGGUCACCGAGCUCAUCCUCCAGCAUCAGAAUCCUCAGCAACUUUCCUCCAAUCUCUGGGCAGCCGUCAGGGCUCGGGGCUGCCAGUUCCUUGGACCAGCAAUGCAGGAGGAAGCGCUGAAGCUGGUCUUGCUGGCCUUAGAAGACGGAUCGGCUUUGUCCCGGAAAGUCUUGGUUCUCUUUGUGGUGCAAAGGUUGGAGCCACGAUUUCCUCAAGCCUCAAAAACCAGCAUUGGGCACGUUGUCCAGCUCCUUUAUAGAGCCUCCUGCUUCAAGGUAACAAAACGUGACGAAGACUCCUCCUUGAUGCAGUUGAAGGAGGAGUUUCGGACUUACGAAGCUUUGAGACGAGAACAUGACUCGCAGAUAGUGCAGAUUGCCAUGGAGGCAGGCUUACGCAUUGCACCAGACCAGUGGUCCUCUCUUCUUUAUGGAGACCAGUCACACAAAUCUCACAUGCAGUCCAUUAUUGACAAGUUGCAGACCCCAGCCUCAUUCGCACAGAGUGUUCAGGAACUAACAAUUGCUCUGCAAAGGACAGGAGACCCAGCCAACCUGAACCGCCUGCGACCCCACCUGGAGUUGCUAGCAAAUAUUGACCCUAGUCCAGAUGCUCCACCUCCGACAUGGGAACAACUCGAAAAUGGACUAGUUGCUGUGCGCACAGUGGUCCACGGGCUGGUAGAUUACAUCCAGAACCACAGCAAAAAAGGAACAGACCAGCAGCAGCCUCCUCAGCACAGCAAGUAUAAAACGUACAUGUGCCGAGACAUGAAGCAAAGAGGCGGGUGCCCCCGUGGGGCCAGCUGCACGUUUGCACACUCACAGGAGGAAUUGGAAAAAUUCCGUAAAAUGAACAAACGCCUCGUUCCACGGAGACCGCUGAGUGCCUCCUUGGGCCAGCUGAACGAGGUAGGACUGCCUUCUCCAGCUAUCCUUUCGGACGAAGGGGCAGUGGACAUGCCCAGCAGAAAGCCCUCCGCCCUGCCGAAUGGGAUUGUCUCAGCAGGGAGUACCGUGACACAGCUGAUCCCCCGAGGGACUGACGCCAGCUAUGACUCGGGUCUGAAGCCGGGGAAGAUGGAUCACCUGAGUAGCAGUGCUCCUGGAUCCCCUCCUGACCUGCUGGAGUCUGUUCCCAAGAGUUCUAUUUCUGCGUUACCCGUGAACCCCCUCCCGGUGCCCCCCCGAGGACCGGCAGACCUGCCUCCCAUGCCGGUCACCAAACCACUCCAGAUGGUGCCCCGCGGGUCCCAGUUGUACCCAGCCCAGCAGGCAGACGUGUUCUAUCAGGAUCCCAGAGGGGCAGCUCCACCCUUUGAUCCAGCCCCUUACCCUCAAGGUGUAUACUAUACCGCAACCCCACCGUGCGUGUCCCGCUUCGUGCGACCUCCACCAUCCGCCCCCGAGCCAGGACCUCCGUAUCUGGAUCACUACCCACCCUACCUCCAGGAUCGUGCGGUCAGCUCCCAGUACGGCACCCAGCCGCAACAGUACUCGCCCAUAUACCCGCCACACUACGAUGGCCGCCGCGUGUACCCGGGUCAGCCGUACCCUGCUCAGCGAGAAGAAAUCUUCCGAGAGAGCCCUGGUCCCAUUGAGAUCCCGCCAGUGGCCGUGUCACCCUACGUACCCGAAACCAGAGAGAGAUACCAGCAACUGGAGGGUUACUAUCAAGUGGGUCCCCAUCCAAAUCAGAUCAGAUCAUCGUAUCUCAGAGAACCUUAUGGCCGACUGCCACCUCCCCCGCAGGCUCAUCCUAGCCUCGAUGAACUACACCGCCGGCGGAAGGAAAUCAUGGCCCAACUAGAGGAGAGAAAGGUCAUCUCCCCACCUCCUUUUGCACCAUCCCCAACGCUGCCUCAUCCCUUCCAUCCAGAGGAAUAUUUGGAUGAAGAUUUGAAGGUAGCUGGGAAAUACAAAGGCAACGAUUACAGCCAGUACUCCCCCUGGUCCUGUGACACCAUCGGCUCCUACAUUGGAACCAAAGAUGCAAAACCCAAAGACGUGGUGGCAGCAGGGAGCGUGGAGAUGACGAAUGCAGACAGUAAAGGAAUGAGAGACCAGCGGUUGGAUCUACAGAGAAGGUCAGCGGAAACGAGCGACGACGACCUCAUUCCAUUUGGAGACCGGCCUACGGUGUCGCGGUUUGGAGCCAUCUCUCGCACUUCCAAAGCGAUGUACCAGAGUUCGGGGCCCAUGCAGGCGAUGGCAGCCCAGGGAGCUUCCACCAAAUCAAUUAAUAUUUCAGAUUACAGUCCCUAUGGAAAUCAUGGUGGUUGGGGAGGCUCUCCAUACUCACCUCACCAAAACAUACCUUCUCAGGGGCACUUCAGUGAGAGGGAAAGGUUAUCCAUGUCAGACGUGGCAAGUCAUGGGAAGCCCUUGCCCUCCGCGGAGAGGGAGCAACUUCGACUGGAACUGCAGCAACUAAACCACCAAAUUAACCAGCAGACCCACCUACGAGGACUGGAGGCUGUUAGUAACAGGCUGCUGUUGCAGAGGGAGGUGACCACCUUGGCAGGCCAACCCCAGCCUCAGCCCCCACCACCACCACCCCCAAAAUGGCCAGGAAUGAUCUCAAGUGAGCAGCUGAGCUUGGAGCUACACCAGGUGGAGAAGGAAAUCGGAAAGAGAACCCGAGAACUGAGCAUGGAGAACCAAUCUUCUCUGGACAUGAAAAGCAAACUGGGUACCAGUAAGCAAGCAGAAAAUGGACAACCAGAACCACAAAACAAGAUUGCUGCUGAGGACCUUGCACUGACAUUCAGCAGCGAUGUGCCGAAUGGAUCAGCUUUGACACAAGAGAGUAUCAACCUCUUAUCCAACAAGACCGCCUCUCUGAACCUGUCUGAGGACCCUGAGGGAGGAGGAGAUAACAAUGACUCCCAGAGAGCAGGCGUCACACCCACCUCUGCUCCCUAGAUGAGGCCACAGCUGCUUUCUUCCUCUCCUCACACACGGCCCCCUGCACCCCCCACCCCCAUUCUGCGCGAGGGGCAGAGGGAUAGGAAAGGAGUGUGUUAGAGCUCCCAUGCCUUUGCUCUGAGGGUAAUCAGAGAAACCCAGGAACAGCAGCAGGUCCAGAGGCAAUGUGCACAAACACCACUACUAAAAACAAACCCUGCACAUAGUUCACAUUAAUGCGUUUUUUAAUUAAAAAAAAAUGAAAAUUAGCAGUAUCUGCAAGCAAUUCAGAUUAAAUUUGUUUUUGUUCUGUGAAUGAACUUUAUUUUAAUAACUUUGGACGCCUUGGAUCCAGGGCUUAAAAAAAAGAAGAUAUUAUAUAUAUACUCUGUUUGAUUAAUUGUAUGAUCUUAAUGAGGUAGGUUUUUCUUUUAUUUUGGUAUUAUUACAUACCCAGUGUAUAAUUCCUUACCCCUAACCUGUCUUUUUUGACCCCCCUUUUCCCACCUCCCCACCCCCUGGGGGGAAAAAAAAGAAACCCAGACAAAAAAGCACCUGGCCUACCCUUGUGAAUUUUAAGGUGUUCAUGUGAGAGAGAGGGAGUUGGGGUAGUUAAAGACUGUCAGAAAAUGCGCAACAAACUCUUUUUCCACAACUAUUUCAUGGAGCCUAUAAAUUCCUUUUCUUUCCCCAGAACACCUGGGCAGCAGUCCCUGCUUUGUGUUUCAUGACCAACCUCAGUUUUUUGGGAGUUAUUUUAGUGUUUGGGUCUGUGUGCUUCUUCCCCCCGCAUGUCAUUUUAACACCCACCUGCUACCAGUACUCAGUUGUACCACUACCAUGUUUCCCCCUCCUUAAGUAAUCACGAAGCUUGUUUCAGUGUGCUGACGAAGGGUCUGGGUAAAAAUGGUGGUCACGGUGGCAGUGAACUGGAGCUGGUUCUUAAGGAAAGAUGCCUGGCCCAGUUACUCUUCCACUAGCCAACGUGAAAUAUCCGAUGCCUGCACUGAACUGGCAGCAGGAAAUUUCAAGCUCCCCCAAUGCCCUUUGAACCCACACAGUCAAAAUCCCAAUGUGCUAAAAAAACAAGAAACUCCCCCAGUUUAGCUCCGUCACUUCAUGGGAGCUUUAAAUGGGCUGCUGGAGGUCAGGUUUUAUGGCAUCUGAGAGUAAAAAAUUGAAUAGAAUAUCAUCCCUCAAAUGCAAGAAACUUUUAGGUUCUUUGGAGAAUUAAAGAAAAAAAACGUGAACAGUCUGGUUCUUGCAAAAAAAAUCUGUGUUUGGCUAGUCAGAUGUCUCCUUUGGAAGUCUUCAGCAAAAGAAGGUAGUCCCUUCCCUCUUCAUCAGUUUUCCUUAACCUGACUUAAACUGACCAAUUUUGAAAGAAAUGAAGGUUGCCUUCACAGGGGAUUGAAACUUGUCUCUCUACUAUCCGGAGAAUAUUUGGUCAUUGUCUCAUUCAUUCUGACCCAUUAUGCCCUUGCAGAGCUCCUCCAGAACGUCUGUUGGGACUGACUCGAUUGUAGCCUUCUUCAGUCCUCCUCCCUCCCUACCUCUCACCCUUUCUCGGCCUGAUUGUCUCGUUUUCCUUUCUGGAUUAGACUACUAAAUCAGAAAGCACUGGUUAUGUAAUAAGUUAUUGUAUUGCUUUGGUGGGGUAAAAGCAAGAGUUGAUGUUUUUCUUGUUUAGUGUUUUGUUGUUGUUUUUUUCUUAACCCUUAACUCUCGCUGAGGUCCUAGCAACCUUGGGCUAAGCUUUGCAUCCAUCAUACUGUUAAUUGAAACAAAAGUCGGGGGGGAGGAGAGUGAUAACAGUCCUGUCGUUGCCUACCAGUAGGAGAGUCCAAUCAGAACACUCUUUUGAGUAGCGAUUAUUUAAUUUGCCCAGUCAAGGCACCGCGUUUAUAUACUAUUUCACAUUGAAUUUGAUUAUGCCCUACAGACCUGGCUGGUCAAGGAUUUGAUAUACACAUAUUGGCUUGGGAUUCGAGCUUUUUUUAUUUAAAUAAAAAUUUAUAUAUAUUAUAUAUAUAUAUACAGAUAUACAUAGUUAUAUCUGUAUAUAUAUUGGGUAUGUUUUAAGGAUUUUUUCGCAUGAGCGCAGCUGUUGCAGUCAAAUGUCUGAUUGGGAGGUCGAAGCACUGAAUGAAGAUGAGGCAUUGUUUUCAGCUGAUGUCCACAUUUUCUUUGCUCGCUCACUUGCAAAUUUUGUUUUAAGCUGUGUUGAACUUUUGACUUCAAGCAAGUCAGACCCCGUAAUCUCAACUCUCUUUGACUCCUAAUGCUUUCUUUCUGGGGGAGAAGCAGAGAAGGGCCAUGGCGUUUUCAUCUCCCCACUAGAUUCCUUUGGCUUUUAUAGUUCUUGUCUCUGCACUUAAUUUUCUUGCCUGUGAGGAAAUAAUGUACAAGACUGUAAAUCUUGAUCCUGAGAUGAUUUGGACAGACCCCUUUUCUCCUUGAGGGCUUGUCAGGUAGUUCCUUAAUUUGGAAGGCGAGUCGUCAACCGACCCGAGGUACGUCCCGGAGAGGAAGGUAGCUGGGCUGGGCAGUGAUGGGGAAGACCGAAAUCCACACUGGGGCCUCCAGCACUGAUUCCCAUCGCAGGUGCAGCUCCCACCAGUUUGUUUUUCCUCCCACAACGUUUUAUUCUCCUACUGUUGUUACUUGCUACCAGAGGAGCCAUUUCUAGAUUUUACUGUAUAGCCACUUUAUGUAGCUAAGCACAGGAAAUGCCAUUGUUGUGACUUGAUUUCAGAACAUUUUUUUUUUUUUUUAAAUAACACUUUGGAAAUAGGUGUCACUCCAGUAAAGUUAAGGCCUCUAAUUCCACUCGCCAAUCCUAUCCUCACCACCAGAAAAUGCCAAGUAAGGAACCUAGUUUCCAGGGAGCCUCAUGGCCCCCUUGUGCCUCCAGAGUUUUUCCAGUCAAAGCACACCUCCGUCUACCUCACCCAACUGGGAGUUUGGACCCUGACAGUCAAAGCUGAUUUCCUCGUGUGCUUACUGGCAGGUUUAGAGCUAGAAAAGAAGCCCCAAUUCUUGUUUUUUUUUUUUUUUCUGGUCUCUGGGCUGUACUUUGUGCACAGCUUGUCCUUGUUAUGAUUAGCCUGCCCAGGUGAAUGUCCUCUUUGGAAAUACCUAGCUUGGCUCUUGAGCUAGUUUUUGUUAAUAUCUGCAAAAGGCAUUGAUUUUUGGCUUUCUUGUUUGGUUUGGUUUUAAACUUUUGGCUGCCCUUUCCCCAUUCCUUUGGAGAAAGUUGAGAAAUGAAGCCGGUCAGGUAGCAAUUGUUGUUUUCAGCCUUUCUGGAGUUUGUGGAAAUGACUCUAUAGUCUCUUCCCUUGUGUGAGUGUGUUUAUGUGUGUGUUUGUGAAGAAAUCUAUAAACAACUCCACCUCCUAUUGUAAGAAACUGCUGAUUUACACUGAGUAUCUUGGUGCCUUUAAUGAUCCUUCAAGUUUUGCAAUUUGCUACGUUCUUUCAGAUGAUGGAAAUUGAACUCCCUCUUUGCCAUAGUGCUAAAACCACCUUUGCAUCUGUAGGCAAGGAAGAGUGUGGCGUGGACCAUCAAUGGUAUCUGAGGAGAGUCAAGUUAAAGGCAGAACCUUAGGUGUCUUAGGAACCUUUAGAAAGUACCGCAGUAAGAGCCCUAAAACACGGUGAAGAUGAGAGCAAACAUCAUUGCUCCAAAUCAGCCCUUAUUCAGCCAGCAAAGUAGGAACUCAACUUUGGCAGGGCCCGGGUGAGCAAAAGCAAACCUUAAAGUGUCUUCUAAGAAGGUCUCUGGGGAAGGUAACUGUAGAUCAUAUGGUAUGCUUUGGGAGUCCAAUUUUCUGUUCUUUUCGGAUCCACAGGUUAUUUUGCCUCUAAAUUUUGUCCAAAGGGCCGUGCAAUAUUGUAGGGCUCAGAUGUUGGAGGCUUCUUUCCCUGCAUCCUUCUUGAGUAAAACACAGGAUUCUGCAAAAGCUCUACCACAGUUAGCAGGACAUGCGUCUGGUACCAGCCAUACGUAAAACCAGAAUGUAGGGCAAAUCAGCCCGACCCUGGUUUCUUGUACAUAAUGCCACUCCCUUCCGCUCCCCAUAACCCCCUCACUCCUGUUCACUUUUUUUUUCCACUAAAAACGGACUAUCUUUUGGCCACUCAUUUGCUGCUCUCUAAUUAGCCUCAUCCCCCUUCAAAAUAGGAAUUAUCUAGACUGAAAAGCCCUUCAGAUUGGCAGCACUGUUCUCUCAAACUUGAAUUCAGCAGUGUGGAUUCUUCAGGCCCCUAACCCAUUAUACUGGUUUCCUGGGCUCCACCCACCCACCACCCUCCCCAGUCGUGCGACAGUGAAAGUUUGCUGCCUCAAAACAGAGCAUUCAAGUGAAUUCGCUUAGCCAAUAACUUCUGUGAAGUUGCCUUUUCUAAUGGUGUUAUUACUCAGUGAUGCACAAAUGUGGUGUUUCCCUACUGGUAGGCAAACAAGGGUCUGAUUAAGAGCGAUAGCCUGCCGUGUUGUGUUGAAUUGUGUUUUUUAAAGGGGAGCCAAAGACUUGUGCUUUAUUCUGUUUUGGCAAGGGGGAAUGUAGCAGCCUUUUUGAUUUUUAAAAUCUGAAAAGUGUUUUGGAGAUGACUGCGCUGUGAGGGUAGAUGUGUCUUGAAGUUAACGGUUUGGCUUAUAUGGCCUUAUACCUGUUGACAUCGUCAAAAGAGACUUCAUUUUCUCCAAGAGUGGAUUUCAGCUCUUUUAAAAUAGUGUUGUUUGCAUAACCAUUUAUUUUUGGAUCUAGUUUUCAAACACAAUUUUUACAUGCGUUUCUAUCCUCGCAGCCCACGCAAACUUACGUGCAAAAGAGAGAAACAGCUCUCACCAGUCAAGUUGUUGACUGCUGAAAUGAAUAACUGAUUACAAGCUGAAUUGUGAGACAGCUAGUGAGUGAAGGGAGUGAACAUGUUGGUGCACAUUUCUGGGUUCAGAUAUUGGAAGUCAGUCCUCUAGGAAGAGUGAGUGGAGUAGGGCUCUUUCUAAAUUGACUUUCACUAAAGGGAACACAGUCAGCAGUGCCCAGGUAAUGAUGGGUGGCACUUCUAGAUUUUGACAUGCAACAUAAUGAAGCCACAAGGGUUUGCUAAAUUCUUGCUUUCUCUGUGCUUGUUCAUUUGAAAUAGUGUGAAGUUAGAUUAAAACGCCCAUUCAUAUAUGUUUAGAAAUUCCUCCACAAAACAGUAUUCAAAGUAAUGGCUAAUGUCAGUAAUGUAAACACCAAAUAGCCAUGGUGGCCUCUGGAGAUAGUUUGUUCCCUUUCUGACAUCCCCAAUCCAGUUUCCUUUCUCCAGGAAGGGGAAAAAAAACAAAAAUAACCCUUGAGGAUUUAGUGUUAAAUGUUUAUAGGGGUUUAUUUUUUCUUAUUAGAAAAAUGCAUAGAUUUAAAAAAUUGCAAGCUCAGCUUUGCCAACUGGGAUGCAAACGGAUCAUCUUCCAAUAGAUAUGACUUUCUCUCUUAAGCAUAAGAGAAAAGAAAUGUUGAGAUGGUACUGUAGAAUAUAAAAAACAAGCAAAAAUUGAAGAGCUGAGAUUAAGCCAGAAAAUUUCUGGUGUCAUAAAUUUAUCUUGACUUCUCUGUCUUGCUGCGAAUCUGUUUGCACUCCUUCCUUCCUUCCUUCCCUGCUAGCAGCUAAAAUGGACUCUCAAGAUGGAUGUUGAAGUCCAUGGUACUGUUUCCACUUCAGAGGACAAGGUUGUAAAAUAUCUGUGAAGGUGGAUUUCUUUUAGUAUUAAGGUAAACAAAUCAAGAAUUUUUGAGCCACCUGGUGAAGCUAUUAUACAGAGGAGUGAUGCUUAUAACAAAGAAUUAGGCUGUCUUGAUCUUUUGAUUUCAAGAUAUUGUUUCUUUUGAUUGUGAAAAAGAAAAUAGCUUGUCUAGUGGUUUUUGUCAUCAGGAUCUGACUGAAUUGCCAAGGUAAAUUUUUGUUCAUGCUCCACUUCUAAGCUCCAGAGAGUGGGGAAAUAAAUUGUUAAAAAUCCAUGUUUUUCAUGAACGAGGAACAUAUUUUCUAAACUGCAGUGAGCAAAAUGUUUUUUGAUAAACUUGAUUCCUCCCAUCCUCCGACUCCCCACACACCGAGAUGUGCAGUUUACUGGGAUUUUUUUUUUCCGUUUGAGGAAAUUCUUGUCUGCCGGUAAAAAUUUGAGCCACAACAACUAAACAGUGAGUUUCAUGAGAGUAAAACGUGAGUUGGGAAACAGUAAUUUUUUAUUUUGACCAAAGACAGAAAGUUGUAGCCCAAGGGAGAGGAGGAUACAUUGGUAAACCUCAAAAAGCGAAAAGUACCAGGGGACUGGGAAGAAAUGUGCAUCUAAGUAAAGAUAAAACAGAAGUUAGGGUAUUUGGGAUUUAUUGGAUGAAAUAUUUACAUGCUCCUUUGUGGCUGCUUUUUCUAUCCUCAGCAGACAAAACUCACAAGUCUUUGGAUUCCAGACCAUCCACUUAGAGCCGUCCUACAACUGGAAACUGUAGAAUACGGCCUUUCAGGUUGCACUGAGAGGGCAGAGGGAGGGAGGAAAUCAACUUCAGAGGAGGGUGCAGGUGCCUUCCUUGCAUUUAAUUCAGGGUUUUCCAUGUCAGCCCCCAUUUUCUUGGCUCAGAGUCUCCAGACCAACCUACUUGAAGGCUACUUUUACUGCACUGUUGCCCACAUUUUUUGUCAUUUCUUUCCUUCCCUGAAAACUGGAACUUGAGUUAGCGUGAAUUAUUUCCCUCCAUUUUAUUCACUGGUCCUAGUUUCAUAAUACGUUCUGGAAAGAGUCUAUGAAAGAUUCAUGUGAUCCAGUCCCUCUAAAAGCAACGUAACAUUUUCCAGUUGUGGAGGUUUCUCUUUAGGUGUGUGUGAGGGUUUGUAAGAGUGUAUGUGUGUGUGUGGUUUUCCCCUUUUUCCCCCCCCUCCUCCUCCCCUCUCUCCUUUAUCCCUCCAAUGAUGGUCAUUUGGUCUUUAGGCUCAUACCAGUCUCCCCGAGACAUUCUGCAGUCAUUAUCACCUUUUUGGGUGGAUUUUACUUUUAUUUUAUUUUUGGGUUUGUGUGGGUUUUUUUUAUUAACUUUUUAACAUUGGUGCAUAUAUGCUUGGGAUAGAGCUCGUGUAAUUUACCAAUCGUAUUGAUUGUAUGUGAUUGUGCCCUGCAGAGGUAUAUUUAACAAAACAAAGAAAUAAACUAGAAUUAUAAGGAGACCAUGAGAUUUGAGUCAAGUUAUGUGUGACUUCGUGAAAUCACUUAGGUUUUUGGAUAAGUGAGACGUCAUAUCCACUCUUAAAAAUCAUUGCUGGGUUUUUUUCCGAAGUCUUCCCAUCUUUUCUUUUUCCUAUGCCUUAAUCCCGCCUUUCCUCUUCCUACCUCCACCCAUCUCUAACAAAAAAAAAAUAAGAUCUUCAGCCUUAAUAAAGGAGAUUCUCAAGUUACUGAAUUUUAUGGAUGUUUAUUAUACCUCUCAAAAAGUUAUCAACAUACAAAAAGUGGAAGGAAAACAACUAAAAUGUGAGGAAGGAAUUUCCCAGGCAGUAAGCACUUCUUUUGGCCCUUUGGCUUUGGGGCAAGCUGGAACAUCAGGUACAGAAUGCCUCAUCUCCUUCGGGGAAAAAAAUUCCGUUUGAAACAUCCCGUUUUAAUUGUUAAUAUUAUGAAGUUUUAAAAGAGCCAUCAACACAUGAAGUGCCGGGGAAGAGAUGAGGAAGGUUGUAGCUGCAAGGGGCAGCAGCAACUCUGGGUCUAAAAAAGUAAAUGUUCCAUUUGUGGAUUUUUGAGAGGUAUAGAACCAACUUUUUCAGUUUUGUAUUAAAAAAAAAAAUCGGUGUGCAUGGUGAUUAUAUAGAAGAUGCCACAUGUGUUAAAAUGCUUUUCUUCCCUCCCUUCCAUUUGAAACUGACUCAGCCUCAUGUCGCUCCUGCAUAGUGUUUAAGGCUCUUAUGAGUUGCAGAUAACAGGAUUUACUUUAACAAGUGGAAGGAGGUGAUAUACCUGUUGGUUUGUAAAUAUACGGAAGUGUCUACAAGGUCUUAUCUGCUUUCUGUCAGCAUUUAUAUUAAAUGAUAAAUUAAUGAA